AUGUGUCCAAAGGAUAGGAGGUGUUGCGGUGGGUUUCGAUCUUUCGUUCUGGAAGGUGGUCGCGGUUCCUUAGGCCCUGGUCGAAUUCGCGUUUUGGUCCGGCUUCGUCGGGUUAAAGAUACUCCUUCUGGUUGUUGUGGCGAGGUACUUUCGUCGGAAUCCGACCCUCUCGCCGUGUGGCUUGGUCGUUGUUGGGCUUACGGUGAUAGGGUGGUGGGUUUCGGUCUUCUCUGA